AGGAGCUCCUCUGCAGACCAUGCCUGCCGCUGCCCCUCCGCCCCCUUGGGCUGCCCCAGGGGGCUCCUGCAGCUGCCCUUACCCCCACCAUCCCGAACCUCAAGGAUAUUUUGGUCAUAGUUUGAACUGCAUAAGCUCAGGUGUAACAGAGAGAAGAGUACAAGGUACUUGUCCUCCAACUGGCCGUGGAAGUUUUGGAAAGCCCUUCUUUGGUACAAACUGUUUCAUUUCGCCAUUUAUAAAUUCCCGGACUGGUUUCCACACUAUCCAUUCUGAAAACAGCCCAGUAAAACCAAGGAUUGUUACUGUAGUAAAACCCUGUGGCCAUACAGUUAGGAAGAUAACCUUGCUUCUAAAUCGGCGUUCUGUUCAAACAUUCGAACAGCUCAUUGCUGACAUCUCAGAAUCCCUGGGAUUUCCCCGUUGGAAGAAUGACCGCGUGCGGAAACUGUACAAUUUGAAGGGAAAGGAAAUCCAAAGUGUUUCUGAUUUCUUUAGAGAAGGUGAUGCAUUUAUAGCUAUGGGAAAGGAACAGCUAACCCCGAAGAACCUUGAAGUGGCAAUCCAAGAACUUUAUCCUGAGAAUCCUUAUGCUCCUGUUACUGGAACUAAACAGAACUGGGAGCAACCCCCCAAACCAAAAAACAGUCUGUGUGAAAAGGUUUCAAAAGUAGAAAAGUGCAUUGAGCCCAUCACUUCCAAGAACUGCAUGGAUGCUGUAUCUCCUAAAAUAAUUAACAGGCAUGAGGUAAAAGCUCAAAUCAAAGUCAGACAAGAGGAGAAGGUGAAAACCAAAAAGAAGUGGAUCAGAGACAAUUGGAAUGGAGAGCAAGAUGUGAAAUGUUCUAGAAAAGGUAGAGAAGUUGAGAGACAUUUUAAUCAAGAGAAAUGUUCUGAAAGUGAAGCUGGAAUGGGUCCGGAGAUGAUUAUCAGAUGUGAGAAAUGCCAAAGAGAGAGGCAGCUGAGACAAAAACUGCAGAAAGAAAGACAGGUUGAGCUUCCUUUUGAGUGCAGAGAUUUGAAUGUCAGAGCUUGCCAAAGAUAUCAUGUAGAAAGGCCAUCAAAGUUGAGAAACUGUAGGAGACUGUCAGAAAACUCAAUUGAAGAGACUAACAUUACUUGGAAUGAUUUUGGUUGUCAGAGUAGCUGGGCAGCCUCGCAAAGCCAUGCAAAUAAAAACAAUGAGAAGCAAAAAAGGAGCGUUGACAGGGAGCAAACUCUGGAAAGCCAUGACAAUCGUGAUGAAGAAUUGGGAAAAAUAAUGAAGCCUGUAGAAAGUCAACGUACCAUAGUAGGAGAUGCCUAUGAAUUAAAGAAAGAACACAGAAGAUGUUCUAGGGUGAAUCAAAGUUGUUGGUUGAUCAAAGGUUCUCAGAUGGAUGUGGAGAAACAAUCAGUUCAGGAGAAGAGAGAAGAGAUACGGAAAUCAAAAGAGCAAACUCUUGGAGGAGGAGAAAAAGUGACUCAUGAUGAGAAAGAACUGAAUAGGCAUGAAAGGGAGGAUGAGCUUAAAGUUAAUAAAGAAGGAAAUAAGAUACGCAGAGCCAGUGACACAAAACUGAGACAUGAUGUGUCUAGCAGAGCAGAUGUGGAGAAGUGCUACGAAAUUGGCAGAUCCAUUGGAGAUGGGAACUUUGCUGUUGUGAUGGAAUGUCACCACCGCCACACUGACCAGAACUAUGCUAUGAAAAUCAUUGAUAAGUCCAAACUGAAAGGAAAGGAAGACAUGCUAGAAAAUGAAAUCUUGAUCAUCAAGAGUCUUUCUCACCCCAACAUAGUCAGCUUGAUUGAAGUAUUUGAAACAGAUGCAGAAAUCUAUCUCAUCUUGGAAUACGUUCCUGGUGGGGACUUGUUUGAUGCCAUUAUAGAGAGUGUCAAAUUCACAGAACGUGAUGCUGCUCUCAUGAUAACUGAUCUGUGUGAAGCUUUGGUUUAUAUUCACAGCAAGAAUAUUGUUCAUAGAGAUCUCAAGCCUGAAAAUCUUCUGGUUCAGCGUAAUCCAGAUAAAACUACCACAUUGAAGCUAGCAGAUUUUGGCCUUGCAAAGCUGGUGACAAAACCGAUAUUCACUGUAUGUGGAACGCCAACAUAUGUUGCCCCCGAAAUACUGGCUGAGAAUGGUUAUGGACUAGAAGUGGACAUGUGGGCCACUGGUGUAAUACUCUAUAUUUUGCUUUGUGGCUUCCCUCCCUUCCGAAGUCAUGAACGAGACCAAGAGGAGCUAUUUCAAAUCAUACAGCUUGGACAUUUUGAAUUUCUCUCACCGUAUUGGGACAAUAUUUCAGCUGCUGCAAAAGAUCUGAUAAACAGACUCCUUGUGGUUGAACCCCAAAAGCGAUACACUGCUCAGCAAGUUCUUCAGCACCUGUGGAUCCAUACAGCUGGAAAAAACAGCAGCAGAAACCUGCAAAAGGAAGUGACAAUCAAUCUUGAGCGUCAUUUUCGGAACCAGCGCAAAGCAGAAGCUGUCAGUGAAGAGUCUUAAAGAGUGUGGCUGGACUGACCCUUGAGUCUACCAUGAGCACUGAGUCUACCAUGAAAGUGAUGUUACUAAUUUUCCUCCAUUUCACAACAUUCUCUGAAAAACUGAAUGCAAAGAAGACCCAAAACCCUGUUUUGGGUUGAGGAUUGAACUGCACAGCACUGUAAUGCCAUCUAGCCACAUUCCACCCUUCUUCCAUGGAGCAGUUUUUCAAUUUGAAAAGAAAAUAUUGUUUUUAAGAGGAAACACUAAGAAAUUUGGGAGGGGAAGAAAGUGGUAUUGGAUUUACUAAAUCCUACAUCUUUUAUUGGCUUUCCAAAUGUGCAAAGAGGUUGGGCUCAAUUUUCUGCCGAUGGUACAUCUAUAGGCACCCAAAGAGUUCUUUAAUCUGCUUCUCCGUAGUUUUACACCUCGCUCUAAGAAUUAGGGCAUUAUGUUUUAUGUGGAAGAAAUAUUUUCAAAUAGAUCUUAACUACCUUGAAAAAUGCAAACUGUGAAGGCCUUGUUCAACAGCUGUUUAAUUGAGGAGUCUGAUUCUGUUUGUAAUAAUUUAUAUGUUUACCUAUGGGCCAGGAUCCAAAGAGCUAGUUUAGUUUGUCUAAAUGCUUAGGUAUGAAAAUUCUCCCUGGAUUUUUAAAAGAACUUAAAACAGCAUAUGUAGUUAUCUCUCUCUCUCUCUUAAAAAAUCUUCAUAAGUUUCAAAGUUAGUUCACCAUGUGGCAUGGGACUUCUUUCUGACAAAUCAGCUCUUGAGCCUAUAGAUUUAGCUAUAUGUUCUUUGGCUCAUGACCGUAGAAUUCACGUCUGGUCUUUCAUUUUCUCUGUAGAUUUAAAGCAUUUGUAUAUUUUAUUAAUACAGAACUGGGUGAGGGCACUUUCUGUAUGUACUAUGUAUAGUAUAUGUUAAAGCCAUGUUUCAGAUGUAUAUUUUGUAUUAUGUGUGUUUAAUAUGAAUUAUAAGAAAAAUGUAAUAGGAUAUUGUGCUAAUAGCAUGUAAAGUAUGCUAACCUUAUUUUCUUCCUCCCAAUAUAAAUAGUAAAACAUUGGAGCACAUAACACAAAAACUCCCUCCUCUUUAGCCAAGAUGUUAAAAAAGUAAUCCCUUUGUCGAGUGAAACAUUUUAGUUAUUUCCAAUAUUGUGCAAACAGAAUCUUCUUUGAGGUCCAGCAUUUUUCUUUAGAACAUCCUAUUCAAACUAACAAUUGUUAGUUUCCUCCUUCAGUAUAACUUUUAGGAGACAGUCUUAAGACUGAGCAAAGAAUGUUUUUAAUGCAGAAUUUGCAGAUUGAUUAAUCCUGGGAGUUGUAGUGCAUUCAAGUAGUAUUACCAGGGUCUGGACUAACUGUCCCUAAGAUGCCUAGGGCUGUUUGUGUUUGGGCUUCAGGUGUGGGUAGACUUGGAGUGCAUGCAGCUUGGAGAGGAUGGAAUGGUAAAGUCUGGAGUGGUCAUUUCUGAUAUAAAUCCUGAGAGGUUGUCCAUUUGCCUAGCCUGACUGUCAGACCAUUGGCUUAUGCCUGUUUUCCCAUGGAAUCCAGCCUCUACCUUCUACUCUAGACCAGGGCAAGUGUUGAGUAGGAAAGAAAAUGAAGCACAGUAAAAUUACAAUGGGAGAGGCAGUGUGGUGUAGUGGUUUGAGCUAUGGAUCAUGA